CUGACCGAGGUGGAGAGGAAGGGGUGCUAGAGACCGUUCACUGUUUGCUUGUGUCAGUUCUGUGUGUGAAUACUGCUGAAAUCAAUAGAAUUAGCUAAUAGCUACUAGGAAAACUAGCGAAACUGGUGGACAUUUAACGCGUACGAGCGAUUCAACCAUAACCAGAUGUAAAAAUGUGAGUAUUGUCAGAGGCAGAUGUGCUCCCACCCACCCCAGCACCACACUAGAAUGUACUUGAUGAACGUGCCUCCAGUUGCGGCUAUUCACACAGAAUGGAAGUCAUCGUGUGGCGGUCCGCCCGGAGGCUUUAGCGGUCUGCCCAUCUGCUUCAAUGACUCUGACAACGACUUGUCCACCACUGGAACACCCAUCCCAGAGAAGGUCCAGAUGAUCAUAGAGAGCCUAAGGAGCACCCAUUCCUCACUCGACAUGGGCAAUGAGACGGAGGGGAACCAGGUGCUGUCAGGACAACCAGGACAGGAUGUCGGAGCCCGCAGCUCCCAGGGCCAGGGCUUCAAGGCCCGGAGGGGGCUUCCUGUGGUGAUGGGGCCCAAAUUCAGAGGACCUCUUCCUGCCACUCACAUUAAUAACUUGCUGGCAGUGCCAGAAGUUUCCUCAAAUGUUGAUUCGGAGAGCCAGAGUUCUGACAGCGAUGACUCUGUGGAUAGAGGGAUCGAGGAGGCCAUACAGGAGUACCUGAAGGAAAAGGACGACCACAAACGCAAGGCAGAGCCAGAGCCAUCCACUAAUAUUCUACAGCCACCCAAGAUGCCACGGAGGGAGCCUCCUCCAACCGUUCCAGAACCUCCCAAACCACAAUCUGACAGCAAUAAGGUUUUAACUGCCAGCAACCAGGUCCCGAAAAGUGUCAAAACAGAAACGCAGGACACCACACCCCCAGCCAUGAAAAAACGUGUAAAAAGUAAGACACCCACCUGCAAAGAGAAUCCCUUUAAGAAAUUGGGCACAACAAGCAAAGCAGCGGUGGUCCAAAAACUGUCCUCUUUCGAACGGAAGAGAGGCCCCUCUAUUUCGAACCCUCUUUCUGGCAAACUGAAGUGUCCCUUGGUGAAAGCAGUUGAGGAACACUUGUCUGACAGUGACAGCAGUAGUGAUGACGGUAUAGAGGAGGCUAUUCAACGCUACCAGCAGGAGAAGAAGAGAGAGAGACAUGAAGGAGGAGGCAGACAGUCCUCCAAGCCCCUUCUUCUCCUCAAAGAGGAGUCCGACUCCAGCAGCAGCGAUGACGGAAUUGAGGAGGCGAUCCGCCACUACCAGCUGGAGAAGCAGAAAGAGAAAAAGAGUGUCCCCAAACUCUCUCUAUCUCUACCCCCUAAACAUGAGCAAGUCAGUAAAGCAGCCGCUUCCCUGUACUGUCCAGAGAGCAUCAGCUCUCCAGCAGGGGCCAUGAAAAAACACAAACUGUCUAAAAAUAAAAAAAAGAAACCUGAGACUAGGGAUGUAAAAUCCUAUCUACCCUCCCAAACUCCAGGUUCCUCAUUCUCUCUUAUCAAGACGAGAUUAGCAGCUAGCAGUCCCCAGGGGAACGGCCUCCUCCUGUUGACUCAUGUGGAGCCCCUGCGAGAGAGGGAGCAGGAGCAGCACACCACCCCAGGCCCAGCCACCCUGAAGGUGAACACUAUCACUACCACCACAGCUGAGCUGAUGUGUGCUGAGGCCAUUCUGGACAUCUCUAAAGCUGUCAUUAAAAUUCCAGAGGCCUUUAACCCUAAUGCAGCGGACCUUAUCAAUAUCAACAGCAGUUCCACAGAGUCCACCACUUCCCUCAUCUCCACAAACUGUCCUGAUGAUGAUGAUGAUAAUAAUAAAAGUAAUGAUGAGAGCUCCGUUGACAGUGAGGAGGGGAUCGAACAGGAAAUCCGGAAGUUUCUCGAGCAGAAGGCCCAAAUGCACAAACUGUUGCCUGGUUCAGCUGUUGGUACUACAAGUCAGGGUGGAACUAACACUAUGACUGAACAAGAGAAAAACACCAAACUGAGUCUGGCCCAGAAGAAAACACUGAGGCUGUCUUUGACGCAGAGAAGAAAGCGCAAAGAGGAAGGCGGCAGCAGGAACGGUUCCAAGGAGGAACGAGAGACUGAUCUCGGAAUGAAAGAAGAGGCCGUUACAAAACCCUUAACUGAGCAUGACAGAGGGUCAGGCUCAUCCUUGUCGUCCCUGAAGAAAGCCCCACUGAAGUCAGUGAAGGGCUCAGAGAGGAGGAGGGAACAGAGUGGAGAGAAGAGUAGCUCACUGGACAGUGACGAAGACCUGGACACUGCAAUAAAAGAUUUGCUCAAGACAAAGAAGAAGUUGAAAAAGAAGACUAGAGAUAUGAAGUUGAAGUCAAGGAAGGGCCUCAAGGAUGAUGAGUAUUUGUCUAGAAAAACAGCAUCACCGCUAAAGAAGCUCAGAACAGAGUCUGAGCCCAAGACCAGCAGUCUUUUGAAAACGACCCUUAAAGUCACUACUACUACAGCCCGAAGUGGCAACGACAACAGAGAGAAGUGCAAAGUGAGUAAGAAUGUGUCAAAGCAUCCACAGAGCAAUAAAAAGAAAGAGCCACUUAACCAGGCAUAUGAGACAGACCGGUCUGAAGGGACAAAAUGUGUAGAAUGCCUGUCGGGAGUUAAUGACCCAGGGGUGUUUCAGAUAAAGGAAGAUAGUAGUUCAGUGGACAGUGACGACGGCAUUGAACAGGAGAUCAGAAAGUUCCUGGCGGAAAAGGCUAAAGUUUCUACUACCGCAGGGAACACGGGAGAUGGAAAGGAGAUUGGGAACGGCAAGGGCAAAACUACAAUCCCUCUCACAGAGAAAAGCAUCAAAACGGAAAAUCAGCUGGCUGAUAUUCCAAGAAUGGAUGUUACCCAAUUCCCUGACCCGCCUCGUCAGAGCAGUUCUGAGCAGAGAAGAGUUCCGGACAGAGGAGUCUUUCCCAACACACCCCCAGGAAACCCCACCUCCAUCCUAGGACCAGCCAGGGGAUCGUGCCUCCUUUCAGCCCUCACCCCCAGCUCCUAUCCUACAGCCCUGGAGCCUGCUGAUGGGGCUGACAAGAGGAGUUUGGGUUCAGGAAGCGGUAAUGCCCACCAGUAUGCCAGCUCAGAGAUGGCAAGGGGUCACAGCCACAGGUCAUUUCCAAGCCCCAGCACCCACUUGCCCAGGACUGACUCAGAGCAGUGGCUUAAGAGCCAAGCGUUCCCCCCCACUGAGACAAAAGAGAAGAUCCAUAACCGGAACCCAUUCCAGUACAGCUCACCUAGUUUUGGUGAGAAGACAGCCACCACGCAUGCGUAUCAGUGUGGAGUACCAGCCAGUAUCUAUCAACAUAGGAGAGCUGAGCCUGCACCUGCAUUGGACACACCUGUCUCCACCUGUCCUGAUGUUGUACGGAUUGGGAGGAUCGUCAAAUCACCACUGGUUCCUUUCCACUGCCCCUCAUCCUCAGAGACAGCCGUCGUCUUCAGCUCUCCGUUCCCAAGCCUAACCAGGAGACCUGUGGAGACUGGGCCGUCCGGGAGGUACUUCCUCCAGGGUCAUGGGUCAGGGCCGGGCAGCCGCUGGGGUCAACCUCCAACCCUGACCCCAGGGCCGUCGGAGAGCAGCGUGGUACACGUGGCCAAGAACCAGACCACGUUAGUCGAACUGUCUGAGAACAAGACCAAUCAUGUACAAGUCAGGAGCAGGGAGGUGACAGUGAUUGAGGGAAAGAAGGAAAGGAGAAGUGACUUGCCAGCAGGAGAGAAGGAAAAAGAAAGGGAGGGCAGAAAGCCAGAGGAGAGAGGAGGAGAGCAGAUAGAAAGACAAGGAGAGGAGGAGGAGUGUGUAGAUGAGACCGAUGUCAGCGAGUCAGACGAGAGGACGAGCCCAGAGAAGAAGCAGGGCUUUCCUACUUUGUCUCUAUCCAGCGCCAUUGACCCUGGUGUCGACCUCAGCCCUUACAUAGCACUGAACACAGAGGAGAGGAGCAAGAGGAGAGGAUUGAUGUAUAAAGCAGUCGCUGUAAAGCAGCCAAAGACCAAGAUUAAAAAACCUGUCAAGAGAGUGCUCCAAUUUCUACCACUAUCCAGGUACAUUUUGUCAGUCUCAUCUUGUCAUAUUUACCAUACUUGAUAACACAAUAGUACAAUAAGGAGAUAAAUAAAGGAGUAGGAAAUUACAUGAUUAGAGUCCAAUCAUGAUUAGAGUUCCUUGAGUCCAAUCAAAUUUUAUUUGGCACCUGCUUCGUUAACAACAGGUAGACUAACAGUGAAAUGAUUACUUAUGGGCAUUUCCCAACAAUGCAGAGAGAAAAAAAUUUGUGUAAUGAUAAAGGAUUCUGCUUUGCAGGAAAAAUGAAUCAACUUGGAAGUGAAGCACAUCUUCAAGAUUUCUUAUCAAAUAUUGAAAUGUUGAACUGUUAUUGUUGGUUGAAUUGUUUGAUUGGGAAGUAUGUUAGUUGUGUUGAAAUUGCACUUCAGCUCUUUGUUGGUUUGUUCAACAAUAUUUGUAUUAUUUAUAUAUGUUUCAUAUUUGCAUAGUAGGCUAUUUUGAUUAGGCCAUUGAUCUUCAAUAUUAACCGUUUGAGAGUUGUUGAAUGUUUUAAAUAUCAAUAAAUUUUCUUCUACAUCAUGUUCAUAUUAAUGUUGAAAUAUAAUUUCUUGACACUUUUGGUAAAAACAAGGUUAUGAAAUCAACAGAUCCAGAAAAUCUGGCUAGAAUUUGACCAGAAAGAGGAAUGUACAGGUAACUGCCAAAGUAAAGGAAACACUUG